AUGGCCCAAGACCUUCACGUGGUUGGACUGAUACAUCCCGGGGUGUACAAACAUUGGGCCGUGCAAUCAUUCGCUGAUGCCAUGGAUUUGACUGCUUGGGUAGAUCUCAUCAUUGACAAGGAAAUUCAAAGUGCCAGUGGAGCCAACAUCCAAAAGACAGUUUUGGGACGACCAAACAUUUUGGUAGGUGAUGUCACAUGUUCCAGGGGACGCAUCUUUUCCGCAACAGAAUUUGUGCCUCCUGGUUGUGCUGGUGCAGCGAUUCUCAAUGAUUUCCUACAAUGGGAUGAGUUCAAACCCCUCCAAAGUGUGCAAUUGCUUUGGAACAUUCAAGGCAUGAAGCCAAAGAACCAUGAUUUUCUCUGGUGUAUGAAUGCGAGGGCAAGCAAUUUUGGAGAUGCCUUUGAUUAUGAAAUUGAUCAUGAAACGACUGUCAUUCCAAUUCGAAACACAGCUGAUGACCAUGUUCACAUGUUGUCACUUUUCGGUGGGGGUUUUGGUGGAUGGACCUAUGGCAUGAAACAUUUGUGUGCCUACCAUGGAAUCUCAGCACAGAUCGUUGCAGUAGAAUCCGAUUUAAUUGCAUGUGCAAACUACGCUGCCAAUCAUGAUGUCCCCAUCGUCAAUGGUUAUGCAACUUUGCCAUCCAAUUUGAUGCAACAGAUGCCAAAAGGGUGUGUAAUCCAUGGGAAUGUACUCUCAACGACAUGGAUUGAACCCAUUGCAGAGUGGCACCCGCAAAUCCUGACUAUCAGUGCUCCAUGCCAACCCUGGUCAGGGGCAGGUCAUGCCAAGGGUCUGCUCUCAGCAGAAGGACUCAGUUUUCCUGAAGCAUUGUUCCAAGCAAGGUUGCUGCAGCCGGAAGUAAUUGGACUAGAACAAGUCACAGGUUUCAACACCCAUGAACAGAGAUCCCAUGUCAUCAAAGUCAUUUCCAUGAUUGGUUAUGCUAUCAACUGGAGUCGAAGUUUUGAUUUCGCAGUGUGUGGGCCCGUCACUCGCAGCAGAUGGAUUGCAUUGCUUCACCGUAUCAGUGACAUCCCCCCAAUUGAUCGAUGCCCGUCAAGUUUGUCUUGCAUGCAUGCGAAACAUGAUCACGAUGAGCAAUUUGAUCAACAUGAACCGAUUGUAAGUUUUGGGGGGGAGGAUAUUUCUGUCGACACGAUUUUCUCUGGAAGCGACAGACAUGCUCAAAGAUCACAUGAAUUUGGUUUUGACAAGAAGCCAAAUGAACACAAACAUGAUUUGUCCAGCAGUGCAUGUGUCUCAGGUGCUGAGCCAGAUAUGCAUCCAACCAAAUCCGAAGCCUAUGCAUCCGAUGAGCAUCCGGCAUCCGACCGUCAGACAUCUCACCAUGUUUCUGUAGGUCACGUGUCCGAAAGCCAGUACUGGUCAAGUCCCACACAAGUCCAUGUCCCGCAGCCAUUUUUGCAACCGUCAAACCAUGCAACCACACAGUCAUGCAACCACUUGUAUAACAUGCCACUGCGAAUCAAUCCAGGUCACAAUGUUCAGCCUGUGUCCAUGCAACCUGACCAUGCCAUGAGUCAGAACCUUUUGCCAAAGAAGACUCGUGACACAAAAGAUACCUUCCUGGAUACGGCAAUGCCUUCGCAGACACAUCCGACCUGUACAGAUGACAGUAUCGCCACCGUGCAUUCACCGUCUGUCCAGCCGGCAUAUGUCACAAACCAUGCUUGUCCCGUCAUGUCCCAGCGGAGUGUAUCCAAUAUCACAGAUGCUCAGGUGCCGCAGCCAUUUGUGCAACCAUGUCCAACCAGCACAUUUGCAAACCCCAGUCAUAUGCCUGACCAUGCGACAGAGUUUCAACACAUGAUCAUGUCGGAUUUGUUGAACCAUGUCCCCAAAGCCGUUUCAAAGGAACACCUGAGGUACCACCAUGACAGCCAAAACACACAUGAUGGAAAUUCCAUUGGGGAUCUUUCUCAGGAUAAUGACAUCAAGCCAAGAAUUGAUAUUUCCCCAAGUGUCAUGGGCAAAGAUUUUCCACCAGGUGAUGCUUUGUUCAAUCAGAUCUCAGACAGUGACACAGACAAAGAAUGUCAGCCGAACGCAAACUGCCAUUCUCAGGUACCACCGCCAGAGCAUGCAGUGAGUGAAUUUGACAAAAAUGCAGCUGAGCCAAAGUCUGGACCUGGUAUCAGCCUUGUCAGGCCAGUUUUCAACAUCAAGAAAAGAUCAUUUUCGCCACAACAGCUUAUUGAACAUCUCAAGCUGCCACAUGAGGACAUCGUGAACCACACACCAAAAUCAUUUCAGGCUCUCCUGCCCUUUGACAAAAUCGCAGACCCACAGCUGAAGAUUUCCGAUGACAUGAAGAAAAUCGUACAUGAUCAGAACUUCCUGCCAGCAGCCAAACGACGGAAGCUUGGAGACAAGACCCCCAUGCAAAUGAGGACUUAUUCCCAAGAUCAGAAGCUACCGGUCAUCAUGGCUGCAUAUGGUAAUCAGCACAAGAUCAACCCAGACAUUUUGCGUGAAAAAGGAUGCCUUGCACAUUUCAUCCAGGACGAACAAUCCGAGCCAAGACUCCUGCAUCCAUGUGAGAUUGCAUUAUUGCAUGGCGUCACCAGCAGGUACCUUGCUCUGAAGCAUUUUCAACAAGCCUGGAGAUUUUUAGGCAAUCAAAUCACACCAUUUCAUGCGUUGAUGGUUUUGACAGGAGCCUUCAAGAUCAUGCCCCAGUUUGACAUGAAUUUUACCAUGCAAGAAGUCUUCAGAACAUGGGAAUCCCAAAGACUCAAAAACACCAAUGUCAUCAUGCGCACAGGCCAGGCAGGAUGUGUCAUCCGUCACAUGAUCUAUGAUGAAGAUCUCACAGAUGAUCAACAUGCCAACAUUCAUCACUUCAUCCAAGAGUACGGAAAGAGCAUGCUGCCAGACCAUCAGUACUGGGACAUUGAUGGAUUUCAUUCCAUGUGCACCCCAGUUGAAGCGAUUCAUGACAAUCACACAAAGACGAUGUCCAUGGUCACUGAGAUUGAUCCAGACUCACCAGAACCAGGCAUUUCACCCACAUUGUCAUUUGCCAUCACGCUGAGAGCCAUUGUGCAUUUGCCCAAAGGGAAGGUGCCUUUCUGGAUUGCAUCAGACGUCACACCAAGAGAUCUGGCGUACCUUUGGUGGACUGCCGGAGAAGUACAGAUAUCGGAAGGAGAAUGCCACAUCUUUCCAGGCAAAUGCAUUGAAAAAUAUCACGAACACAAUUUGGUGGUAUUUCUCGCCGAUCGCAGAUUGACAGUAUAUGCACACCAUGAUGACAAGUUCUACGAUUUUUGUGCCAGAAUCACUGCCUCAGAAAACAUCUAUGACCAAUUCGGACCUGUCACAUGUUCCAUGAAGCGUAAUCAUGACACCAUGAUCAUGGACCAGCCAGUGAAACAUGGGCGAUGCAAUCAUGACAUGCCAAUCCUUCUUGCGGCUUUUCAGAACUGCACUGAGGUGUAUGCCUAUGAUAUCAGCACUGACACAUGGAGAUGCAAGCUCUCUGGUGAUCUUACAUCCAGACAGAUAGUCGCAUCCCUCCUUGCCACUGCCAUCGACAAAGAAUCAUUGCAAGGCAUGGGACGUUUUGUAUCAGUCAAACAUGCACAAGAUUCUGCAGUGGAGUUUGGAGCAGCAGAAGCAGGGGCAUCAGCACCGCCCAAUGCGUUUGUCACAGCAUUCGUUGUUGCCACUGCCAGAACCAUGCUGGACACCUUGCACAGUGCAGAUGGUAGAAUGAUCUCAAUCAAAUGGAAAGCCAGAACCCUUUGGAGUGGCAAGAUUGAUGAACAUACUACUGCAGAAAUCAUCGCCACAGUGCUUUUGUAUGCACUUGCACCCAUGACCAGCUUUCGUGAAGUGCGACUGAUUGUUCAAGGAAGACAGUUUUGUUCCGGAUCCAUCCAGCAAUUUGCACAGACAGGUGAAAAGCCAAUCAAGAUACACCUUGCUUUCGAGAUGUGUGGAGGAGCAGGACCGACAGCCACCAAGUCACAACUCAAGCAACAGGUACGAAACUCAGUUGCCUCAUGGAUGCUUGAAAACCACAUCGAACUAUCAUGGAUCAACACCAAUCUGGAAAAGAUCAUUGAAGACAUUGGGGUCAAGCGUUUUGUACCCGUGAUUCAACAACCAUCCAGCAACAAGCGUGACAGCCAAAUGCAGCAGAUUCUCCAAGAAGCUGCCAUACAAUUGCCACAGCCGACGCCCAAAGUUCAACAAGCAGCCAAUGCCAUGAAAACCAAAUUCAGGAAACAACAGCCAAAGAUGCCAGAGCCACAGCACUUCAAAGUCGAUUGCAAUUUCCUGCUCAAAGAGGAUGGUCAACCGACACAACAACUGCAAGAGUUCAGAUGCAAUGCCACAGGGGUCUUUUUGACCAAUCCUCAAGGUGCUACACCUUGGCUCAGGGAGAAUCAACAGCUUUCAUCCGAUGAAUUGGCCAUGCUCGUUCUAGGACCGAUGCCAGUGGAAACCACUUUGCCAACGGAAUCUGUGGUCAUUCCUUGUUUCAACAGCGAUACGCAACAGGUACUCCUGCAGGUAACCAUGAUCCAGUUUGGUGCCAAAAAAGUCACACCUAAGCAGUGGGAUCAGACAGCCACCAAGACCAAUACCAGCAAGGUAUGCUCACUCACGCUGUGGAAACAGGACUGGACAGAAGAUGAAUGGCAUGCUGCAACACAUCAAACCACUCAAUUUGUCAAGGAUGUCUUUGCACAUGAUGGAGUUCAAGAAGCCAUCACAAGUGUUUGGGGACGAUCAUACAGAAAAGGAAAACAAGUUGCCACCUUCCGUGAUGCCACCAGUGUUCAGAUACAUGCUGCCAUUCAGGAUGAACAAUUCAUGCAGAUGCUCAAACUGACAGGCCACAACAAAGUCUGGGCAGUACCCAAGAAUGAAGAUGGCCGACUCACUGAUGACUUUCGAAUCAUUUGGCUACCUCCUACUGUUGAUCAUCCCAAAGCAGCCACCAUCACAGCCAAGGUCGCAGGACUUGCAGGGCUUGUCAGAGGAAAAUCAUCACUUGGAGUUCGGGUCAAUGCUAGCAUGUUUGCAGAAGCAUGGAAAGCCAUCAAUCCAAAUGCGAAACCUCCAGUUGACGUAUCCAACAAGUGGAUUUACAAGCUCGAACCCCUGCCGUAUGGAUGUAACUCUAGCAUGUUGGAGGAAUGGUCCCAGCACAUCAAAUGGGCCUUUCGGCCACUCAAAGCAACCGGUCCCAAAAGCUGGUUGAUUUGCACAGGUGACAAUCCUCCACCGGGCCCACUUCCGUUCAACGGGCACCCUGUCUUGCCGAGGUUUAUGCCACAGAAACAGAGCUCCAUAGUGCAGCCAAUCCUUGCGGGUCCAAGAGGGGUAUCAGCCAAAUCAAAUGCCACUGCACACUCUGCUGUGGCACUUAUGCCAACCAGCCAAGACCCAUGGUGGAAUUACCUGAAUCGUAAUGCGCCACAGCCUGCACCAGGCCAGGCCCAAGCAUCCACCCAGGGGCCCAAUGAACAGAGAUUUGCCCAACAAGAUGCCAAAGUCCAAGAAUUGGAAUCCAAGCUUGAAGCCCUUACCAACAUGCAAGAGCAGCACACCGGACAGAUCCAGCAGCUGCAUGCAGAUCUCACGGCCACGGAGACCAAGCUUGUACACACUAUGCAUCAGACCCUGGAUGGAGUCAAACAUGAAUUGGCCAUGUCGUUUGGUGAGGCUCUCAGCAAGCAGACCAAGCAGUUUGAAGCCAAUUUUUUGGAUCUCAAGAAAACUCUGAUCCAAUCCAAGCGCAAAACACCUUCAGAAGGAUCUCAUGAUGCGGCUUAUGCAGUGCAAAUCAUGGUGGAGCUUGCAGGCAUGAGAGGCGAUGCUCAUUCAGUGCUUAUCAUGCUUGCAGUUGCGUUGCUAUGGGCUUCCAACACACAAGCGGCCACUGGACCCACUUUUGUUGCCUCAGCCUAUGCAGAUAACUGGGCUUGGAUCACCAGAAACUUUGAAGACAAUGGCCCUGCUGCCAGUGCCACAGCGAAGGUCACCAAUGAAUGUGGUUUAUCCAUCGAUUGGGACAAAACCUGGCGAUGGGCAACCGAUACCACUACCGCUGAAAACGCCUUGACUUCCAUCCAAGCUGCCAUUCCAUCCAAGGAAGUCGAACGAUGCCAUAAUGCCAAAGAUCUGGGCCUCCAAUUGCACUACUCAGGAACUAGAAACCUUGGAAGUAGAAAAGAAAGGUUUGAGAAGGGCAUGCUCCGAAUGUCAAGAUUGAACCACUUGCCACACCCUCUCACAGUUAAAGAACAUGUCCUCAGGAAUAGCAUAUACCCUGCCAUGUUUUAUGGAUCAGAACUUUUCCCAGUGUCCAGUGACAUGCUGACCAAGGUACGAACUGCAGCAGCCGAAGCUCUCGUAGGGUCUUCCCAUAGUAUGUCCCCUGCACUGGUUCUACUUUUAACCAAGGGCACCAUUUUGGACCCUGAGUUUGUAGUCAUGACUCAAGCGAUGCGUACAGCCAUACAAUGGCUUUCCAAGCAGACUGCAGAUGUUCAAAAUGACUUUUUCCUUGCCACUGCCCAGUUUGUGGGAAAUACAAUGAAUACGAAGGGUCCUGCUUCCACCCUAAAACACUAUCUCAACAAGCUGUCGUGGAGUUUUGAUUGCCAGGGCCAUUUGCUUAUUGAUGGGGUCAUCAAGUGUCACUUAGUGCGUGAUGGUUUUCAUACUAUCCAGCGUUUCAUGAGUUUGGCUUGGCAACAACAUCUUGUGUUGCACUUGACUUCCAGGUUCAGUUUGUUUUCCAUGCCUGACGUGUCCAGGAGUGAUACUUUAGCCAUCUUGAAAACUUUCCCUGACAAAAACCGUAGGCAGCUUUUACGUGAAAUUUCAGGGGCAUACCAGCUUGAAGCGCAGAAAGCGCAUUGGGUUGAAGACAGCUCUGGGGUUUGCACUUUUUGUGGGGAGCAAGACAGCAAGGCCCAUCGACUCUUUGAAUGCCCCACAUUCGCACACAUCCGUGAACCAUACACACAUGUCUUGCAGUGUGCAGAAGAAGAAGGACUGACACUUGCAGAUAUGGCAGUGAUACACUCUCAUGCAGACAUGCAGCUCCAUCAUGUUUUACACCAUCAACAACCAAGUGCCAUUGUGGCAGAUGAUUUCCAUGCGUUUGCACAGCAGCGACAGAGGAAUUCACAGCCAUUCAACAUCUACGUUGACGGAAGCUGCUGCAACCCGAGAUUCCCAACAUCUCGAUUUGCAGCGUUUGCAGGGGUUAUUGAUUUGGCUGAUAAUGACUUUCACCGUCGAGAACUUGCAUAUGCCUUCAAAACCAGUGGAAGUGUUCCAACCACUUUUGCAACAUGCUUUGCAGCCCGGGUGAGGGGCUUCCAAAAUAUCCCAAGAGCUGAACUUUUGGCAUUGCAGACAGCAGCAUCCAUUCCAUAUGGGGUUAUUCAUUCCGAUAGUAGCUAUGCCAUCCGGCAAGCGACUAAGGUGCUUUCUGAUACUUCCAAGCUUUAUGCAACUUCCAAUGCUGAUGUUCUAUGGGAGAUACAUGAAAUGCAACCAGAUGUCCGACGAUUUCGUAAGAUUAAAGCACACAGAAACCUGCACGAAAUCGAUGACCUGCUUGACCUAUACCAUGCGUUAGGAAAUCACACAGCAGACGAAGCAGCAAAACUAGCGUGCCAGAAGCUGAAUGCAGAUUGGUGCAACCAGAUGCACCAAUUCCAUGAACAGACCAACACAGCGAGGACAAUUCUGCGGGAGUGCUAUCAACUACAUAUUGAACUGUUUCAGGCAAGAGCACAGGCCGUACAACAGAUGACAAGGCAGGAUGCUACAACACUCAAUGCAGUUGAUAAA